AUGACCCGUGAUGCAUGGCGUCAAGAUAAGUCUCGUCAGAAGCAGGGUCGUCAGAAGCAGGGUCGUCAGCAGGAGGGUCGUCAGGACGCAUUGGAAAGAGAUCGGAGAUUGGUUGCAUUGUGGAAGAGGGGUCUGUUGCCACCGAGAGGUCGUUUGGUACAGACUUCUGGAAUCGAAAGUACAGGUUCAGUGGACGUCAAGGUUUUGUUUGACGAUCCGAAGGACGUAGGCUAUAUUGAUUGGGAGAUGGGGCAUCCCCAGGAUGUUAGCAUCGAUAAGUACAUUACCGUAACUCAGAAUGGUAGACACUGCCUUACUGACAGCGUACGGAUUGGUAUUAUAGACGGCGUGUUGGACGUUACUCGCCCCCCUGCGGCUCAUUAUCGGGGUCGAGUAAUGCUCACAGUGGGUCGUACUCUGGGACACAUAUCCCCACAUAGCGAAUGGCUCUGGCCGGGCUUAUCUCCUCUACAAGUGAGUUUGUGCAAGCUAGCCCGAUGUCCUCAAUCCCACGAUUGUGAAGAAGACACAGACUCUCGAUUCACCCAACAGGGCUUAAGGAACGCGAGCGUGGUAGGCGCUAGACUGCUGGCAGGCGCAACUCCCGACGUGCCGCUACCCUCUCUAGAAGGUGCUUUGUCCACCGUCCCGGUACUGAUGCCUCCGGAACCAAAAGUAGAGAAUCUGAGAACGGAAUUGUCAUGUAUUACAGGUCGCGAGUUAUUCGAUGCCGCUGGCACCAAUGUCUCCUUGGCUUUUAUUAUCAGCUACUGGAACAAUGCAGAGUGGAUUCGAGCUCCGUUAAGUCAGGUGUUGAGUCGGAUGAGCCUGAAUGAGUUACUGGGUGUGUUCGAUCGGAGAUGGUCGGAGGAAUGGGCAAAGAAGGACCGGAUCGUGCGUUGUCAAAUUCGUCCCGGCAGUUACGUAUCCGGUACUGACUUCCAAGUAGGCGAUUCAUGCAGUCCGUAUCUGGAAAAGGUGGUCACUUCAAAGUUAGUAAAGAACGCUAUAUUUCGCUUGCUAACUUACCACAGCAAACGCUGUCUCCUUCAACAUGCCGUGCGCAGUGUUCCCGGACAAUUAGUUGACCGAUACGCACUGGGCGCUUUCGCUCGCAUAAAAUUCCAUCGCGAAGGACUGUAUAUCUGUGCAAACGGAGUCGACCUGAGUGUACCUCCCGGCUGCCAGUUCGUGUAUGGCCAAAUACCCAUCGGCAAUGGUAACCCUUCUGUCGCAAGCACGCCUGUUUGUUACGUAAGCACUUCGGACGACUCCCUUGAUAUGGUCAUGCUGUAUAAGAAAAACAGUAUUGCUAUACAGGUGGCCACCUGCUUCGCCAAGAAGGACGGAUCUCGAUUUGACUCCUUCGGUCCUUUCACUGAAGACGACUUGGACUACAAGAUUUAUGUCCGCCUAGCCUGCCGAUAUAACCCCAGCGACGCCCUCAACCUCAUUAAUGAUAGCCGCAGACCCAAAAGGACUCAAGUUCUCUUGAUAGGCCCACAUGACGAUCGGCUAGUAACCAACAGGAGUCUGGGACCUAGACUAAAAAGCUAUUUGGGGUCAUUCAUAUGUAAUGGCGGGAGAAGGGUCGACCAACUUUUUUAA